AACGGUGUCUUCGCUUAACACCAGUCUCCUGUCUCGCUUCUACGUCAGACUUGGCUUCUCUUCAAAAUGAAAUCGUUCAUAUUUUCAGCUAUCAUCGGCAUCGUUCUGGCGGACGGUCGCAACGGAUUCAAUGGAAACGGCAACAGGUAUGCGCCCCCAAGCAACACCUAUGGCACGCCCAACGGUGGCUACGGAGUAGACCCUGAGAUCGCCGCUUUGGCCGAGAACAUUCCAGGGGGCGGCGUCCCCGGCGAGGACUACCCCAUCUUGGCUUCCGUGCCCGACACCGGAUUCUCCUGCGAUGCCCAGGCGGUGCAAGGUUAUUACGCCGACACUGCAGCUGAAGCCGGCUGCCAGGUGUUCCAUAUCUGCCAGGACCGCGCCCUCAGGCGCCAACAGGACUCCUUCCUGUGCCCCAACGGUACCAUCUUCAACCAGCAGUACCUGGUAUGUGACUGGUGGUUCAACGUGGACUGUUCUCAAGCUGAGAGCUUCUACUCCGUCAACGAGCUCAUCGGAGUCGUUCCCGACGCCGGUUAUGCUUAUGCUGCCGCCACCAACGGCCUCUCCCUUAAUGGCAAUGGAAGGAAUGGCAACGGUAACGGAAGAAACGGCAACGGAGGCAACAACGGCAACCAAUAUGGCGCUCCAGCAGCUCCUUCCAACUCAUAUAGCGGUCCCUUCUAAAUGCAAUGGUCAUUCUUCGAGAUCUCACGAUUCUAUACUUGUACAUAUGCUUACUUCCUCUGACCUUCAGAUAAAUUGUUUUAGGUUCUCAAAUUCCAUUAUUUUUUAAAGGUUUUAAAGCCUUCCUAAAGCCAUAUUCCUGUAGCUAUUUAUUCAAUUAUAAACGUAUACAAUUUAUUUAUGAAUACAAUAUAUUGAAAUGAAGAA